UGUGCUUUGAUAUGCGUUGUUGGUAGCCCUGAAUCGGCUAAUGUCAUUCUGAACUACAGCUGGGCGCCAGCUGAUAGAAAAUUGAGCGAGAAAAGUCAAUAAGGGUGUGCAUUUAUACUAUUGAUAACGUGGCGAUAUAGUGAAAUUGCGUUUGUUAUGUGAAUUACAGGUGUUGUUUAUGUUGAUAGUGAAGUAAUAUGUCUGUUCAAAAUAUCGCUGUGAAACUUUGCGGUGUUUUGCAAGGCCAAAGUGAAGAAGAGGUGACCGCAAGAGAAUGGCGCUUGCUCGGGCAAGAGGACGACGGAACCCAAGUACUCUCCUGGGUCUCCACAAAGGACGACAAAGAAGUGCUAAACAUUGGGGUCUACACCAACAAAACUAAAUCUCUAGUCAUUCUACACACAUUUGAGGAGAAACUUAACAUCAUCCAGGCUUCAGUCAAUGCGAGUCACAGCCUGCUCGUUUAUUCCGUGAAACAACUGCCUGCUGAAGAUUCUGAGAUAAAGGAGCCCCUGUAUUGUCCAUAUUUGAUAUGUCUACUGCCAGACAAGGAUAGAACUCCGCAUGGGAUAGAGGAAGGUUCUACGAAGCAGAUUAUGGUGCAGUAUGUGUAUGGGAAAAGCAAUAAGUACAGUCCAGGAAUAAGGAAUGAUAGAUUCUUGCUGUUUAAGCAUUUGGAAUAUAUCAAAGUAUACCGAAGCCCGCUGUUCCUGAACGAGUGCGAGGACGGCAGCGAGCGCUGGGGCUUCGACGGCGUGUACACGGAGCCCGAGACGGUCGUCAACGUGUUCUCGUGGGCGCAGUGGGACGCCACCAACCAGGUGCUGUACUACAUCCACUACCGCGCGCCCGCGCAGAGUUUCGCCGAAGAGGAAGUGAAGUCUCCGUGUGACGUGUCGCCUACUCUGUCUGCUCUGCAGUUCCACGCCGACCUGCCUCACGAGACCGUGCUGAACAUCCCCCUCUCGCUCCCGCACGUGCACGCGGCGGCGGCGUGCGGCGCCUACGAGGACGACCCCGUGCCGCUGCGCGUGCACGACUGCUCGCUGGACCUGAGCAUCGCGUGCCGGCCUAACGGAGUACUGUGCGUCGUGCACCAUUAUCUGUAUAAGCCCCUUGACGAGUCCACGAGCUCCCUGGUCCUCGAAGACAGCGCAGACCUCAAGGACUCGGGGGUCAACUUCGCCUACUCGGUCACAGUGCUGCAACACGGAUGCGUCAUCCACAGUGUGCUGCCCGACCUGCCCUGGACCCUAGCCAAGGCGCUGAGACCCUCGCACACCCUGUAUAACGAUGACCACCUCCUAGUUCACAUCCCGCACCUGUUCACGCACCUCAUCGACAUCAGCCCGGAGCACGCGCCCUGCCACCACGUCGUGCUGCCGUGUGACGAGGCGGGCGGCGCGCUGGCACCGCUGCAAGGAUGGGGACCCCAUGCUAUGGUCGAUCUCUCCACGCUAGACGUCGUAACACUGAGCAUAUCGGAGAAGGAUCUCGUGUCGGCCUUCAAGAACACCGUAGCUGAGAACAAGAUUGCCAUCGUGCACUAUCUAGUGGAGCACGAGGGCAACACAGAACUGGCUGAAGAGCUGAUAUCCUGGUUGUCUCUAAACCAGCGUCCAAAAGACGGAGACGUUUUUGUCCGAGCGAUGCAGGAAUAUCUCAUAGCGAGCGCUUUUUCUUUAACUCGGCGAUCGUUGCCCGCCUCCGCUGUCCCACUGCUGGACUACCUACCCAGCGUGCUGCAGACCGAGCUCCAUGACGUUAGGGUCAGAGAUGUGUGCGUGAGCGUGAGCCAAGAGCAGCUCUGGUGCGGAGCCAGCGUAGUCCUCGCUCCUCGACAGCGCGUCUGCCAGUUCAGCGAGGAUGCCUGGACCAGGCUGUGGCGGAGGCUGUCGGUGCCCGCGCCGGCGCGGGCCGACCCGCAGGCGGUCUCUAAGCGGCUGGCCAUGACCAUGCAUUGCUAUCAACCGGAAGCUCUGUCUCGCGGCAGCACCCCUCUGUCCCCCAUGGCCGCGGGGGGAGGCCUGGGCGCGCUCUCGGGCUUGCCGGCGCCGCGCCGCCCCUCCGCGGCCAGCCACGACGCGCUGCCGUUCGUCGAGCUAGACGUCUGUACCGCUAGUAGACAGGAGCACGUUACUGCGGCGAACCUCCGCGCCAUAAGCACGCAUUUGCUGCGCGGCGCGGGCUCGGGCUCGGGUGCUGAUAGCGUGCACGCGGCGGCCACGCGCUACGUGUCGGCGCAGCUCGACGCCGCGCGCGCGCUGUGCCGCGCCGCGUGCAGGGCCGUCGGGGCCACCACCGCGCAGCAGAAGGGAUUCGCGUUCAUUGAAGAAAUGGAAGGCACCCACGCGCUAAUAGUGUUCAAAGUGUUAGAGCAGUACUACCUGGCGUGUGUCCGCGUCUCGUUCCCGCUGCCCGCGGGGUUCGGCUCGUGGUUCGCGCGCCUCGCGCACCGCGCCCUGCCCUUCCCCGCGCUGGUCGGGCUCGUGCACAGGGGCGUGUUGGAGAUGCAGAUAGACGUCAUGAAGGAUAUCAUCGCCACGAAAGAUACAGACGAGCGCACAGUGAAGAACAAGCUGCGGCUCAUCCAGCUGAUCGGGGAGGGGCGCGCGAGGCGCACGCUCGCCGCGUGGCCGCACAGGGCUGCGCUGGUGCUGCGCGCGCGCGAGCACGCCGCCGCGCUGCUGUCGGGCGCCGGCGCGGGCGCGGCGCCGCGCGAGCGCCGCCCCAAGCCGCACGGACACGGCAUCGCGGCGCUGCCGUCGGGCGAGCGGCUGUCUCCCCUGGACACGUUCCUGGACCUCCUGACGGCCAAGGCUUCCCUCAACGACCUGGACUUCAACCUCAUCAUCGAAGCCACGUUGGCCCUAGUGCAGCAGGACGCUGCCAACUAGAAUA